AUGCUUCGCCGCGCUGUCUUGCCUUUGACGAGACCGAGCGGUCUCGUCUCAGCUCCUCGUCUAUCCGCGCUCCCUGCCACACAUUCGCGAUGGUACGCGAAGAAUACUAAGCCGAAGGCUCCUUACAAGCUGCCCAAUUCUGUCAAGUCAUCGAAGGCUGAACAACCUGCCAAGCCUGAGCAGCAAGAACAAUAUGCGGCGGAGCAGGCGGAAUUCGAGACGAAAGCAGACCCUCAAACCAACACCGCGAACACCACAUCACAAGCUUCUGAUUCGUCCGAACCCUCCCAGACACAACCAGAACAAAAUGCACCCCGGAAACCGCUCCCAGACCUCACGCAAGGUAUUCCGUCCACUCUAGCCGCAGAAUUGGAGAAUCGCACCAAGGACCGCAGCGGAGGAUCAUUGAACCUCACCGAAGAUCCCUCCCGAUUCGAAGAAGAGUACACCGACGAUGGCGGCCGUGGUGACAUCCCCAAGAGCGGCUAUGAAUCGUCUCUUGACCGCAAGCGCGCCCGCAUGGCCAACCUGAUGUACGCUCUUUUCUUGCUUGGAAGUGUUGGUGGUGUGGCUUAUUUCGGACGAAACUGGGAUACGGUCGAGGAGGAGAAUGCUCAUCCCGACACUCCGUCCGGCUGGGGCUUCGGACUCUGGUACAACCGCAUCAAGGCUCGAAUGGGCGACUUCACAAGCUACUACAAGGAUCCUGCUUUCCCGAAAUUGCUCCCUGACGAAGAUCCCAACCUUCGCCAACCGUAUACACUUGUCCUGAGUCUGGAGGAUUUGCUUGUACACAGCGAAUGGAGCCGUGAGCACGGAUGGCGUGUUGCCAAGCGACCUGGAGUUGACUACUUCCUUCGCUAUCUUAACCAGUACUACGAACUCGUCCUCUUCACCAGUGUGCCUAGCAUGAUGGCAGACCAGGUGCUCCGCAAGCUCGACCCCUACCGCAUAAUCCGUUGGCCAUUGUUCAGGGAAGCCACCAGAUAUAAGGACGGAGAAUACAUCAAGGACCUUUCGUACCUCAACCGUGACCUGUCCAAGGUUAUCUUGAUUGAUACCAAGGAUGAACAUGCCCGCUUGCAGCCAGAGAACGCUGUUAUCCUCGACAAAUGGAAUGGAAACCCCAAGGACAAGACCCUCGUUGCACUAAUCCCCUUCCUUGAAUACCUCGCAGGUAUGGGCGUGGAAGAUGUGCGUCCUAUCCUCAAGUCUUUCGAAGACCAACCGAUCCCUGUUGAGUUCGCAAAGCGUGAGAAGGCCAUGCGCGAGCGAUUCGAGAAGGAGCUUGCAGAGGAGCAGAAGAAGCGUCCCAGAAGCGGCGUUGGCAGCCUGGCCUCAGCUCUUGGUUUGAAGUCAUCCACACGCACUUUGGACGGUGAACAAUCGCCAUCUCAGGGCCUGCAGGAAGGCAAGAUGCUCUGGGACCAGAUCCGCGAACGUGGCCAGAAGAACUACGAGAUGAUCGAGAAGGAAAUCCGAGAAAACGGAGAGAAGUGGCUGGCCGAGAUGGCUGCCGAGGAGGAGAAGCUCCGACAGGAGCAGAUGGACAGCAUGAAGGGCUCUUUGACCGGUUUCCUCGGCAGCCCCAAGAAGGAGUAA